AUGACGUCAGAUGACGAUUUCGACGACGAUGACGACGACAUUUUGAAGGCGUUGGUGGCGGCUGAGACACAGAACGCGUCGGCUUUACAAAAAAAGUUAAACUCGCUUCCUCACACAGAUAAUAGUGUCGGCGAUGGUGGCUCGUCGCUUCAAAAUCGUCUUUAUAAAGCCGAAGGAGAGGUGUCGAUUCUCCGGGCGCAGCUCGAGCAGCUCCAGAACUCGUCACGAGACGAAUUAGCCAAGCUCCGCGAGACUUUGGCUCUUGAAAAGCACAAUAAGGACGGCCAGGUGGAACUGCUUCGCGCUGCCGUGCAACUGUUGGAAGACGAAAGAAAGUUUUUAAAUAACGAAUUGAGGGCUACGUCGGUCGCUUUGAAGCGACGAAAGGUGGGUGAGUCUCAGACGGCAAAUAUAACUUUUUCAGGUACAAUGGGUGCAACUACACUUGCGACACCUUCUACUCAGCUGAAAAGUCCAGCAAUUUCGAAACAAAAAAACUCCUCAAAUUCAGGUCAGUACCGUGUCCCUGAAUCUGAUACUCGGCCAUUGGUGCCGCAAAAAGUCAUCAAAAUCGACAACGACGCUUCGCUUCUCGAAGACCAUUUAUGGAACCACUGCAUUAACGGAACCAAAAGAACCACCGUUUCAUACUUGAGCAAGAUUUAUCUCGACCGAGAUGUGCGUAUUCGAGAUUUCGUGCUACACAAAAAACAGCCAAUUUCAACGGCGGUGACUGAAUUUCUUAUGGUCAAAAAAGCGUUGCGUCUUGAUUCUCUCAUCCACGAGUUUUCCCUCACCAUGUGUGAACUAGUGGAGGAUAUAAUUGCUCACCAAAUUCUCACCAGCGUUCCAUUCUUGCUUAGUCUCGUUUAUGCUUCGCUCAUAUUUCGAUCUUCGGCACUCAAUAAGGAAACCAUUCAAUUGCUUGUUCCUAAAAUUUGUCUGAUAGCCGUCGAUUUUGCAUUUCUUCUUGACUCCAGCCAGGACCAAGACGAUAUAAUAAACUACCAUAAUGUACCAUUACAAGUGAUGGUGCUUCAAAAAUUUUCAUUGAUAUGCUGCUUCGAUAUAUUGGAGAGAAUUCUCUAUGUGGCUACAGUCUUUGAUACUGAAUUUUCUAGUGGCUUGUGGCAGGAACCACAAAUGGUACAAUUGUUCAAAUUUUGUCUUCCAGAAAAUAGUGAGAGGUUCAUGAAUACUACCCAAAGUAACCUCGUCUAUAGUGUGGUUGAGAUGUUGAUUUCGUCGAUUACAGAGCUGGGCUUUGCAUUUGAUAACCAACCGGUGAAAAAUGAUGCCAUAGUGAGCUCUCUUUUAAAGGUGUUUUUGAUUGAUAUUCCUAUCAAAGAAGACUUCAAAUUUUAUGGACUCAAUCGAGUUCUAGGCAAUAAUAGUGACUUGUCAAAAGUCGAGGCAACUGUUCCGGAGCUGGAAACACUUUUACAAGAGUCCAUGGUACUUAUUCCUUGUCCAAUUCCACAAACCAUGCAACAAGAACUGGCAGUGACGGUGGAAACCAACCACGAAUUGCACCUUCUUUACUUGAGAUUACGAGUUGCAACAAUGAUAGAAGGCCACAUAGUGACCAAGGGAAGCACCCAGCUAUUCCAGGACAAGGAAUACUUGAAAUCCAUCGUACGGUACAUUGGCUUGGAACAAGGUCUCAUCAUGAACUCACCAAGAGCACCUACAGUUCACAUUCGAGUUCGAAUCAUUUCCACCUUGGUACGGGUCCUACAUCACAUAGCAACAGAAGCCAAGACUAUCACAAAUGUCGUUUAUCCAGAAACCAUGUAUGAAGUGUUCGUGAUACUUCUGCGAAUCGCAUUUGGUAGCGACUCAUUAUCUGUGGAUGCCUAUCAACUUUCAAGCCAUGCCAGGCAGAUGAAUUACACAGGAACUAUAUACAAUUACUGGUGCGAGCAGAGAGCCCGACAAUUGGGCCAUAGCGAUGGUGUUGAAGAAAUGGCUGAUGUUGAAAGCGAAUUUGCGAACGGUCUUGAAUUUCCCUACGAGCCCGAAAUCAUCGAAUUGGCUCGUGAGAUCUUGGAACCAUGUGUAACCCACGAGGAGGCCGACAACUUGUACUUUAACAUGAACUACGAAGAGCCACGCUUUGACGAAAUGGACUUGGUAAUGUAA